AUGGUGAAGGCAAGAAGCUUAGAAGACAUCUAUAGAGAUACUAGUCCUAUGCGGGAAACAGUUCAGGACCAGAGGAUCGCCCAAGAAUUGGAAAUUUAUUCUCAGCGCGUCGUUUCAUCAUCGAGAACUACCUUACCUCAAUUCAAGAAUCCAGAGGUUUUUCUCUUUGAAAUGGAACUGAGGCCUGAACAUGUCCAGGGUUCUUCUCUGUUGAUCCCCUUUGAAGUGGGUCAAAGCCAUUUUCCUCCACGGUUGCUUGCGAGCUCCCGCUCCGUCGACGGGAAACAUCAGGGGCAGAUUCUAGUUUCGGAUAGCCAAGAAGACAAUUGGGGAAUGACAAUCAUUUUAGAUAAUCAAGUCUGUGCCUUUGUCCUCACAAGAGGAUGGCAGUACUUCGUCGAUUGGCACAAUUUGGAGGCCAACGAUUGGAUAUCUUUCUACAAACGACAACCGUCAUUAGAUGAAAGUAAUUACAUAAUCAAAUUCCAGGAAGUAGAGAAAAGGAUGGCGGAGCGUGGAAUGGUUCGCGCCACUGAUGUUCUUGAAUUCAAACCGGAAAAUCUACUAUUCGAAAUCGAAAUUUCUGUGCUCGAUGACUUGAGCUCCAUCAGGCUCGAAGGGGACCGAUUCAAAUUAAUGUUUCCCGAGCAUCAAAUUGUUGCGCAAAUUCAAUAUAAAGAUCUGAGAUUGAAACUGACCGACACGGGAAUGAAGGAUUGGUGCAUGAAGUUGAGUCUCGGAGAAGAGGAUAAACCCUACAGGGUUUGGGGAGGGUGGGAUCUGUUUGUGGAGAUGCACAGUUUGGAAUUUGGGGAUACCAGUAGGCUUUACAAACCUGACAAGCCUUUACACGGAAGGCAUUUCCUUAUUGAGCCUCUAAAGAGGAAAGGUGGUACAGAGAAGGAUCGUAAGGGGAAGGGAAUCCCAAUCCCAACUCCCCCCAAAAGAAGGAAGAUUGGCAUAGAUUUCCUUGAACGGCGUUUUUAG